GUCCGCAACGAGGUGCAGAUUGUCACCGCCUCGAGCGACUUACGGGAUAAUGCGCGGCCUACUCUUCUCGGUACUCUUCAACACGCUGGCAUCGGCGUUACCACAAGUCGCAUUUCCUUUCAACUCACAGGUUCCAUCUGUUGCACGAGCAAAUGAAGCCUACGCUUUCCAACUCGCUCCCACUACCUUCGUCUCUGGCGAUGGCAGCACUCUGGUCUACAGCCUGUUGAGUGCGCCGGCGUGGUUGAGUCUGGAAAGCACGACUCGGACAUUGUAUGGUACGCCUGGUCAAGGAAAUACUGGACCAAACGUUUUUAAAAUCGUUGCGACGGGGAACGAUGGAUCGGCCAACAUGGACUGUACUUUAGUAGUGGCUAGCAAUCGUGCCCCUACUCUGGCAGGCAACAUCUCAUCGGACCUCGCGAGGUCAGGACCACUGUCGGGUCCAGCGACAUUACUACUGCAACCUUCAACUGCCUUUGCCAUCACGUUCUCGAAUGACCUCUUUGGCGACCCGGGAACGAUCAAAUCUUACUAUGCGACAAUGGCCGACCGAACACCACUACCGUCCUGGUUAAAGUUUGAUAGCAGUUCUCUGACAUUUUGGGGCAUGACUCCCGUCCUGGUCACCGGCUCGCAGACUUACGGUGUCGACUUUAUUGCUUCUGACGUGGCUGGCUUUGCAGGAGCAACAACUACUUUCAGCCUGCUUAUCAGCAGUAACCAGCUAGCAUUCGACACUCAGACAGAGAACAUCACCGUUACGCCGGAAGAGUCGGUCACCUUGGGACCUUUUCGAAGACAACUGCAAAUAAAUGGUGGACAGGUGUCUGACAGCCAAAUUCAACGUGCGGUAGCAAAAGCGCCAGAGUGGCUCACCUUUCAGAACAGCUCCCUCGAAUUGAAAGGAACACCUCCGCAAGACUUCACGUCGCAAACGAUAUCCAUCACUGUGACAGACACAUAUGGUGAUACGGCGGUCAAGAAUAUUUUUCUUCGCUCAGCGAAUGCUUCGCUGUUUGACCACGAGAUUGGCAACUUGACAGCGACCGCUGGCAAACCGUUCAGCUACACACUCGCACCUUCUCUGUUCAGUCAAAGUGAUUUGAACAUCGAGCUUGAUGUUGGGAACGCGUCGUCAUGGCUAGCUUAUGAUGCGAGCAAACGCCAGCUUGAAGGCACCCCACCAGCCACGGCCAAGGCUUCCGCAGACACAAUGACAUUGAUUGCUUCAUCCGCCUCUGACUCUGAAACACAGACUUUCUUCAUAAACCUG